UCCACAAGACAGCAGAGUUAGAAGAUAGGAUUCUGAGGAGCCUGUCCUGGUGAGAACCCAGAGAACUGCUGCCACCUUCACAGCAACCAUGGGAGAGAAUGCUGGCAGUGAUCAGGUCAAGAAGAAUCUGUAUCAGCUGAGAUGUCACUUCACAUGGGAGCUGCUUUUCAAAGACCUUGACAUACCUGAUUUGGAAAUGAGGAUCACUGAGGAUCUUAGGUUUCUAGACAUCAAAAACCAAGUGGGGAUGCUCAACCUCUGGGCCUAUGUGAAACACCUGAAAGGCCAGUAUGAGGAAGCCCUGCACAGCUUGAAAGAAGCAGAAGCCUUGAUCCAGGGAGAGUAGUUAGGCAAGAGAAACCUGGUGACCUGGAGCAACUGUGCCUGGGUGCAUUACCACAUGGGCAUGUUGGCAGAAACUCAGACCUACCUGGACAAGGUGGAGAACACAUGCAAGGAAUUGGGUAGUCCCUACCGCUAUAGUACGGAGUGUACCGAGAUAGAAUAUGAAAAAGCCUGGACCUUGCUGAAGUGUGGAGGACAGAAUUAUAAACGAGCCAUGGCCUGCUUUCAAUUGGCUCUGAGAGAGGAUCCUGAAAACCCUGAAUACAACAUUGGCUACGCAGUUGCAGCCUAUCACUUAGACUUGGAUUACAAGAAUAUCUCUCUUAUUCCCCUAAGGAAGGCUGUCAGGUUAAAUCCAGAAGAUCCACAUAUUAAAGUGUAUCUUGCCCUGAAACUUCAGGAGGUAGGAUUAGCAGCUGAAGCAGAAACACACAUUGAAGAAGCCCUCAGUAACACAUCCUGCCAACACUAUAUCUUUUGGUGUGUAGCCCAAUAUUACGGAAGGAAAGGCUGCCUAGACAAGGCUCUCAAUCUGCUACACAGGGCCUUGCAGGUGUCACCUGCCUCUGGCUACCUGCAUUACCAACUAGGGCUCUACUACCAUCAUCAAGUGAUGCAACUGAGGACAUCCAUGAAUGAGCAGGCCAGAUGGCAGGCGGCACAACAGGCCGUUUUUGAAUUUCAAGAGACUGUGAAAAUCAGGCCCAUAUUUGAGAUGGCUUAUGUAUCCAUGGCUGAAGUACAGGCAGAAAUUGGCCAACAUCAAGAAGCAGAGGCAAAUUUCCAGAAGGUGCUGAACAUGAAGGAACUGAAUAGGAAUCUUGAGUCUCACAUAGAGCAGGAUAUUCAUUUACGCUAUGGCCAUUACCAAUACUUCCAUCGGCAUUCUGAAAAAGAAGCGAUCACCCAGUUCCUAAAAGGUCUUAAACUGAAAGAAAAAAACUUUGUCUGGAGGAGACUACUGAUAGCUUUGGGGGAUUUGGCCGAAAGUCGUGUUAACCAGAAUGUUCGCCUUGUGGAGAGCACCAGCUUGCUUGGGUUAGUUCACAAACUGAAAGGGAAUAUGAAGGAAGCCGUGAAGUUCUAUGAGAGGGCUCUGAGGCUCACUGAGGAAGUGAAUCCUGAGUUCUGAAUGCAGCUCACAUCUGGGAAGUGAAUGUACUCAUAACUGAGGGUUCCCACCUUCCUUCCUGAUUUCUUUCUCCAUCCUCUUUGUCACCCCUCAUUGUGGUGACUCUAAGGAACUUCCACCCCACUAUAUCUGCUCACUUACUGACCAGAACUGACUCCUGCUGAUCUGCACUCCCUUGAGCUGUGGGAUACUAGGACAUCUUUUCUUUAUGUCUGUGUCUUGGGAAUGUAAUCAUCCAUCUUCUGACUGCCAGUGUCCUGGACAAAGAGGUAUUCUCCAAGGAAGCUUUUACUUUAAGUCAGAAGAUACUCUUAGUACAGUG